GUAGGACGUCAGGGAUAUCUGGGUCCUGGGAUACAACAACCAAUAUUUCCUAAACUAUCAAUGCAAUACCAUAAUUAUACAAGUAUGACGACAUUUCUGCGACAUGUUUCUACAAUUUAUGCAAACCUGACAGCUUUAUAUAGUAUCGGUCAGAGUGUACAGGGUAGAGAACUCUGGGUUAUGGUUGUUUCUAGUUCUCCUUAUGAGCAUAUGAUUGGGAAACCUAAUGUGAAAUAUGUUGCUAAUAUGCACGGUAAUGAGGCAGUAGGACGGGAGAUGAUGUUGCAUCUAAUCUUAUAUCUGGUACAAAACUACGAUAAGGAUUACUUUGUCAGAUGGAUCCUGGACAAUACAAGAAUACAUAUUAUGCCGAGUAUGAAUCCAGAUGGUUUUGAGGUUGCAACCGAGGGUACAUGUCAGGGCGGACAAGGUCGGUACAAUGCCAGAGGAUUUGAUCUAAAUAGAAACUUCCCUGAUUAUUUUAAGAACAACAAUAAGAGGUCGCAGCCUGAGACCGAAGCUGUAAAGGAAUGGAUUAGCAAGAUUCAGUUUGUUCUGUCAGGAAAUAUUCACGGAGGAGCACUGGUAUCCAGUUAUCCAUUCGACAAUACUCCAAACUCCAUCUUUAGCUCUGUCCUCUCUACUCCGUCCCUUACUCCGGACGACGACGUUUUUAAACAUCUUGCCGGAGUCUUCUCAUUCAACCAUGGCAGAAUGUUUCUGGGUGAACCCUGUAAAGCCGGAGCACCUCAGUUUGAGAACGGUACAACCAAUGGGGCAGCCUGGUAUCCUCUCACAGGUGGAAUGCAGGAUUAUAACUAUAUCUGGCAUGGAGCUAUGGAGAUUACUCUAGAACUAAGCUGUUGUAAAUUUCCUCCUGCAUCAGAACUUCAGGGUUUCUGGGAAGACAACAGGAAAUCACUCCUGAAGUUCCUAGGGGAGGCACAUAGAGGAGUGAAGGGGUUUGUGAAGGAUGAUGAAUUUAACCCUAUUGAGGGGGCCAGCAUGAAGAUCAGGGGGAGAGAUGUAGGAUUCCAGACAACUAAGGAGGGAGAGUUCUGGCGAAUCCUUCUCCCUGGUAUUUAUACAAUGGAAGUAUUUGCUGAAGGGUUUGCUCCGAAAGAGAUUGAUUUUGCUAUAGUGGAGAAGAAUCCUACAGUUCUUAAUAUAACACUCAGACGUGAUGUCCCCAGGAGAGACGGUAACCCUAUCCCUGAUGAAAACAAACCUAGUGGACUUUUCUCUUUCAAUCCUUUUGAUGGAGUUAAAAAUAUAUUUGAAAACCUUCCCCUCAUUGGUUGAAUAAUAAACAAUCUACCCCCAACCAUCCAAAGACAGCUGUAGUAUAAACAAAUAUAUAUUGAUGCAAACCAUUUUUUAGUAAUUGAAUUUAUAAACACACAGAUUACACAGAUAAAACAAGAAAUUUUUCUGAAUUUCAACAUCAGAACUUGCAUAUACUUAAUAAACUUUAACAGUUUUAUGCUUACAGUCUAGGGAUGAACUGAGAGGUUCAUGUUUUUAUAACGGUUCUUGUACUAUCUCUGUAAUCCAUGUUUUCAUAACGUUUCUUAUACUAUCUCUGUAAUCCAUGUGUUCAUCGCAGUGGAAAAAAUACACCUUGACUAUAGGAAGAAAAAGUAUCAAAUUUGUCAAAUUAAAUGUUUAAACAUUAUUGUCAAAUAUUUAAGCAUAUAUUAUGUAAACUAUAUAUUGUAAACUAUAUAUAUUUGUGAUACAUUUUUGUAAAAUAAUAUCUUAUUAGGGAAUAUAGAUUUACUCAGAUUA